AUGGAUUUUGUGGUUGGUUUUCCUCGGACUCAGGCUAGAUUCGAUUCAAUUUGGGUGAUUGUGAAUAGGCUUACUAAGUUUGCCCACUUUCUGCCAGUGCGGGUUAAUUUCUCUAUGGAGAAAUUAGCGAAGCUCUAUGUUGACGAGAUUGUGCGACUUCAUGGGAUUCCCGUUAGCAUUGUGAGCGAUCGGGACCCGAAGUUCAUUUCUCGAUUUUGGGGAGCUUUGCAGCAGGCUUUCGGAACUCAGCUUAGGCUGAGCACUGCGUACCAUCCACAGACUGAUGGUGAUAAAGAAAGAUUUGGCCCCAAUUUCGUGCAAGAGACAUCUGAGCAAAUUGCAAUGAUUAGAGAUAAAUUGAAACAAGCUCAGAAUCGCCAGAAAAGUUACUAUGAUAAUAAGCAUAGACCCCUGGAAUUUAAGGAAGAGGAGCACAUGUUCGUGAGAUUGUCACCUGUUACGGGUGUUGGCCGUGCAUUGAGAGUAAGGAAGCUGAGUCUCAGGUUCAUUGGACCUUAUCAGAUAAGUAAGCAUAUAGGAAUGAUGGCGUAUCAGCUUGCCUUGCCCUCAAAUCUGUCUAAUAUACAUGACGUGUUUCUUCUCUCACAGUUGAGACGGUAUAUUCCGGAUGAGUCACAUGUGGUGAUUCCGGAUAACAUAGAGAUACAAGAGAACUUGAAAAAUCUUUUUGGCCCGAUGUUUAUUCUUGAGGGGGGCGAAAAGAAGCUUAGAAGCAAGGUCAUCCCUAUGGUUCCCUCUCACGGAUUCAAUAGAGGUGGACUAAGCUUGGAGCUAACGUUGGAGAGCUUGACUUGA